AUGGAUUCCGAUAUGGUGGCCGCGUUGAGAAGGAGUGUGGAAAAAAUCACUUUUCUUCUCGAUCGAAUGGCGGCUCGGAGCCAUUCCACUCAAGCUUCCGUUUAUAAUUGGGCGCAAGUGCAGUCGACUGAACACAUCAAACACAGGGAGUGCAAGUGCAGCCACUCGACGAGAGUGGCUUUCACGCGCCCUCCUCCAUGUUGCGCUCGAGAAGCAGUCGACGGCUUUCGGCACCAGCUCGCGUCGACACGGAGAUUGAGUACAUCAAGAGGAUUAGCCAGUGGAGCCUUCUGCUUAUUCACUUGUCUCGCCCUUGACUUCACGAAUAGUGUUUCAAUGUAUCUUGCAGGCAUUCUUGAUCACGGUGCGAAACAAAGAACGCGGAAAUGGCUAAUUGGAGAGGAGAAGAAGAAAGUGAAAGGCCACAUAGAUGUACCAGAGUUCACAUUUAGUGAGCUGGAUGACUUACAGGAGCACUCUAUUGAAGGAGUGGCUUAUAAGAUUUUGUGGUAUAUAUGGUUUUCUUUCCUACUUGGCCUUCAGAAAGAGCGUGAAAGUUUGUUCCUUUUGAUUUUGCAUAUUGAAGUAAAACUCAAUGAGGAUAAGGAUAUUCCAGCAAACGAGAGGCAGCGGAUUAGCCAUGACUUGAAAUUAUUUUUGAAGCCUCUUAAGGAAAUAUUACUACAGUUUGAGGAGGAACUCAAAGCAAUGCAGUGA